GAAUUGAACUGACUGCUUCAUAUAUGGGGAUGAAGUGAUGUCAUAAGCAGUUCGUCGGCAAGAAUAAAGAAUUGUAUUGCCAAUUAAAGGGUCCACAUGGGACAAACAUGUCACUUGUCAGUAUAAAUAGGAACAUUAUUAUACUGUUCCCAGUCAAAAAAAUAAUUGGUGAUAAGCUGAAAUGGAAUGGAUAAUAAGUCAUUAACCAAUGGAAAUCAGGAUGAAGUUCAAGCCCCUCCUACUUAUGAUUUUGAUUGGAGCUUUGGUAGUUGCGGUAAUAGGUUUCAGUUUUUGGUCAUACUCAUUCAGUGAAGAUAUUAGUGAUCCAAAGCAUUUGUUUCUUAGAUCUGAAAACAGUAAAAAAUUAGAACUAACAACGUCAAGCCCGGGUGCUUCCCCUCGAGACACCCGAUGUACCUACCAUACAUGCUUUGAUGUAUACCACUGUGGAUACAAUGACAAGACAAGAAUUAGUGUGUAUAUUUAUCCUGUCAAUCAGUAUGUGGACCAGGCAGGUAAUGCCGUCACUUUGCCAGUAUCCAAGGAGUUUUAUGAAAUGCUAGAAGCCAUCGCUGACAGUCCUUAUUAUACAAAUGAUCCAGAUAUGGCCUGCUUGUUAGUUCCUUCUGUUGACCUUUUGAACCAGAAUAGCAUCAGAUUGCGAGAAGUUGGACAAAUACUAGCUUCAUUGCCAUGGUGGAAUAAUGGUAAUAAUCAUCUCCUGUUCAACAUGUUACCUGGUGGUUCCCCAGAUUACAGUACUGUGCUGGAGGUGGAUACAGGAAAAGCUGUCAUUGCUGGAGGGGGAUUUUCUACCUGGUCUUACCGUAGAACAUUUGAUGUCUCUAUACCUAUAUUUAAUCCUCUCAUCCAACCUGAUAAAAUGCCUCAAAAAUCAUAUCUAGAGAAAAGAACAUAUUUGCUGAUAUCCUCUCAGACCAGUCUUCAUAAAGAAUACAGAGAUGUUUUACAUGAAUUAGAGAAACAGGAACCCAGGUUUUUAUUCAUCCAGAAGUGUCCUACUGAUGAACGAACAUGGAAUUUCUCUAGACGUUGUAAAGAAAAUGUGGCAUAUGAUUAUCCUCAGAUUCUCCAGGAUUCUACUUUCUGUUUGGUUGUAAGAGGAGCCAGGAUUGGCCAGCCAGCUUUAUAUGAUGUGAUGUCAGCAGGCUGUAUUCCAGUUAUUGUAGCUGAUGGCUAUAUUCUACCAUUUUCAGAAGUUCUUGACUGGAAAAGAAUAGCUGUGACUGUUUUAGAAGAAGAAUUGGAGAACUUGAUACAGAUAUUAGAAUCCUAUUCACAAGAAAAGAUAUAUGAACUACGACAACAAGUUACCUUUAUAUGGCAGAAAUAUUUCAGUUCACCAAAAGCUAUUGCCUUGACAACAUUGCGAAUAAUUAAUGACAGAGUUUUUCCUUAUGCUGGAAAGUCAUAUGAAGAAUGGAAUGACAUGCCAAAUACGAAAACCCUAAAGAACCCAUUAUUUCUGCCAUUGCGACCUCCCAGUGCCCAGGGAUUUACAGCAGUAAUACUGACAUACGACAGACUUGAAUCAUUGUUCAAAGUAAUACAUUCUGUGGCUAAAGUUCCAAGUCUGGCAAAGGUUGUGGUUGUGUGGAACAAUCAGAAAAAGUCACCACCUCCGAUGACAUCCUGGCCAGAUAUUGGUAAACCAUUGAAAUUUGUCAAGACAAGGAAAAAUAAAAUGAGUAAUCGAUUUUUCCCAUAUGAUGAGAUCCAGACAGAAUGUAUAUUAGCUUUAGAUGAUGAUAUUGUCAUGUUAACAGCAGAUGAACUUGAGUUUGCCUAUGAAGUUUGGAGAGAAUUUCCUGACAGACUGGUAGGAUUUCCCUCUAGAGUUCAUCUAUUGGAUAACACUACAAACAAAUGGAAGUAUGAAUCUGAGUGGACCAAUGACAUCUCAAUGGUCCUUACAGGGGCAGCUUUCUAUCACAAGUAUUUCAGUUACCUGUACACCCAUGCCAUGCCUGUCGAGCUGAAAACAUGGGUAGAUGAACACAUGAACUGUGAGGACAUAGCCAUGAACUUUCUAAUGUCAAAUGUCACAGGCAAGGCUGCUAUCAAGGUCACACCAAGGAAAAAAUUCAAAUGUCCAGAGUGUGUGAACACAGAGAUGUUGUCCUCUGAUCUUGGUCACAUGAUUGAGAGGUCAGAUUGUAUUAAUCAGUUUACACGUAUAUAUCAGUCUAUGCCUUUAAAGAGUAUUGAAUUCCGUGCAGAUCCUGUAUUGUAUAAAGAUGACUUCCCUGAUGUAUUAAAGAAAUACAAAGAUAUAGGAAUGCUGUGAUAGUUUGUCUUAAAACCAGAAAUCCAUCUUAAAAAAAGAGAAUACAUGCUUUACAUAUUUUGAGGUUUUUUAAUUUUGAGUCAUUUUAAAAUGACCAAAUCGCUCUGUCACUUUAUUAUUUGAAACGUUCAUAAAUAUGAUGAAAUACAACUAUUUCAAAAAUCUGAUUUCCUCACAUAGAAUUUAUGUCAAUUUAUACCUGAACUAGCAUUUAAUUUGAAAGAUAGUAAUGAUUGAUUGAAGAAUUUUAUAAACAUUAUUAUUUCAGUGCUUGUUUUUUCACACAUGAUCUGCAUAUAAAGAUAAAUGGUGCUAUUUUAUAUUUACUGUGUAUACUUUAUGUUUAUUGAUUUAUUAAUGUUCAAGAAAGGAAGUGUAGAUAAGACAAUUUAUUAUACUGCUGAACCAUAUAAUAAAAAGUCUGUCAAUCUCAUUGUAAAAAAAAUAUACAAAAUAACAAUGUCAUUGGUUAUCAUGUCAUCACUAUAAUGUGUCACUAUAAUUGUAUUGUAAAACACUUCAUGUAUGUUGUCUAAUGUGUCACUAUAAUUGUAUUGUAAAACACUUCAUGUAUGUUGUCUAUUGUUAACAUAUUUUAUAUAAUAUUAUUAAUAAACAAUACUGUAAAAUUC